UGCUGGCCAACAUGUAUACGAAGUAAGUCACAGCGGGGGUCUAGGGUUCUACAUUUUCGACAAUGGCGAGUCGCUUCCCUGUCUCGACGGCACAGUUCUCUUCCACUGUCCAGGGUUGCGAGACGCAUUUCGUGCUAAGUGGCUAUGACGACCAUAUCAUGGUCCUUGCGACGCAAAUUGGAAGAAUGGGCACGAUCUUACAAGCCAGGAAGGAGGAAGGCGAAUGCGGGGAGCUCUCUUACAGCGUGAACGUUCUCAUGGGCCGGCGAGAUGAGCCUCUACUGGUUGCAUGUGCUCGACAGCUUAUAGAGCUCAUAAGCAACUCUGGCUCUUCGCGGUCAUUGGUUUUGUCUCUUGGAUUGAAAGAUCACUCCCAGGAAACGUUAAAAGAGAUCAUCAGGCUCGUCAUUGCAAACAAAGUUUGGUAGCGUGGCAACGCUAAGCUAAUGGCCUUAUACUUACAAGUUACAGUGGCCUGGCCUAGCUGCGAUGCGCACGGUGUAUCCUUAUCUUUACGUCGUAUUCCACUGACUGAAAGCUACUUUGGCAGCUCUCUUGGAUCUCUACUAGCCUGGCUUGCACGAAUUUAAGAUAGAAACCCUCGCAGAGUGAGGAGAGCUACCAGCACCACCGACUUGAGCCAUCCAUCCGUGUUGCUUUUUCCAGUGCAUCUUUUGUUUUCACGAGUCUUUUCGCUCCUCUCUUUCUGAUUUUUUUUUCUUUUUUUUUUUUGCGCCCUCUUUUGUGUCAGAAAGAUCUUCGAUUCCGUGGCUAUACAAGCUAUUAACGCAGCUGUCAAGUAAGUAGCACUUUCUAUCUUUUCUCUUUGUUCUAAGCUCACUGCCUUCUCAUGAGUGAGUGACGACGGAGAGGAGUUUCACUCCCAGCGGACUACUUGGCGGAUUCGGUAAAGGCCGAGGCAGUAAGUAGCUCGCGCUUGAUUGGUCGAAUCUUCGCCGCAGGACAGCGCUAACUUACAACGAGACAGAGAUGAGUUCCAUCGCAUGCUUGUGUCGCGUUUGCUGUCAUCCUUGUGGUCUGACACUCUUCUACCGCGCAGGCAAUUCAUCUUUUGGGUGGAGCGAGCGAGCUACGAAACAACGAAAAAGCUAUGAGCUUGAGAUGCCAUGCCAGCCAUCCGGAUGCCGUUGCGGGCGAAUCCUCGCAAAUAUGGGACAAGAUAAAACCAUCCGAAGGUGGUGGGGAAUGCGACAGCUACCUCACCGCGAAUGAUUCAUGCAUUUCAUCUCCAACAUUAAAGAAAUGGAGGGGCCUCUCUCUCGGCGCUCGCUGCCAAGUCGUUUCGUCCAUUUCCGAAGAAUGACAAAGUACCAAGAGAAACAAUAAACAAAUGGUGGCGAUGCAAACAACACUGCUUCUGCUGCUGCUGCUGCUGUGAGCUGCUGUGACUAUUCAUCGCUAACAAAAGAUAGAAAACAGGAAGUAAGUGCUGGCCCGAUUUAAGUUGUCUAACACAGGCAGGACCACCGGCACUAAGCCGUUGUUUUCAGGUGUGAUCGAUCAACAAAGUAAAGUCAAUUAUCGAUUCGAGACAAAGACAUUGAUUGUGUUGUACUCAGGCGCUUUGGUGAUUUCGGGGAGUGUUCAAAGCGAAAGGCAGUAGAGAGGUGCGAUGAUAAUGGCCAGCAGUGGUGUGAUGAGCCUGAACAGCUCGCCAGCUAGCCAGCCACAUCGCUCUCCUUUUCUCGUCGAAGUUUGCGAUCUGAUCUGUGCGCUGCGCUCCUGUGUAUCGAUCAGCCAAAACAAAGCCCAAUCCAAAGCGACGGUGGGCUCUAUUCGGAGUGAAAGCUCAAAACAAACGGGAAGCAGGGACCGAAUGGAAUAUCUUAACGGAGAUCAUGCCAAGAUUUCUGGAGCUCUCAUUCCUCCAUCGCAAACACCAAAGGGAAGCAUAAAACGAGUUUUCUAUAAGCCAAGAAGAAGAUCAUCGUUACAUGGUAUACGGAACCUCUCAAUUUUCUAGAAUAAAUGGCGAGAUCAAGCCAAUUGUUUUGUAAUACGAUUAAACUACGCUGGCCUGCGAUUCUUUU